GAGGUUGGAUAUUCUCCUGGGCUAGAUACAUAGUUUUGUGUUCAGUGUUUAUUUUGAAAGUGCAAUUUUUGUUCGUUUUUGUUUUGUUUGUUUUCCUUGGUUUUAUUUGUUCGAAAGACUUUGGUGGAAUUGAAAAAAGGAAACGGCUUCGGUCAGGAUUAACAAGUGUGGUUCAGCUUUAACAGUGAAAUAUUGUGUUCGUGAAAUGAGAUGGCCACAUCUCAGCGAUUUCUUCCAUUUCGGUCGACAGUGGGCCUUUUGACAACAGUGGCCGAACUACCGCAUAAUUACAAAAUUCGUUAUAUAACACCUGAAUCACCACUGGAUCUGACUAUUAAAACAACCGACUCAUUAACACCACCCAGCACACCUUCACCGUUAAAGAAACGGUACCGUGCUGAAAUCGAUUGUCACACCGAGCAGCAAAAUAAAAUUCCUAAAAUUGAAGACGAAGUCGUGCUACCGAAAAAAGAAACCACCCCACUCAAACCAACCAAAUCGAAUGCAGCAUCGAAAACACUUAAGAACCAUCCCGUUUCGACCAAGGAACGUAAGCACAAGGCGGUGAGAAAAUUGAAAUUCGACGAAAAUAAAUCAUCGCCCGUGUCGGGCACGAUAAUCCGAACGUUGGAUGAAAUCGAGCAAGAUAAUUGCCAUGAGUCGGGUGACAUUGAUCCACAGUACAAUAUUGUCGAGGUGACCGAUGAGGCCAAAGCCGAAAUUGCUGCCAUACCCAACGUGAUCGGUGGGUAUGCGUGUAAAUUGUGUCAAAAUGAAUUCGAGGACGCAUUCGGAUUGGCUAGGCAUCGAUGUUCGUGCAUUGUUUUAUUGGAGUAUCGAUGUCCGGAAUGCGGAAAGCGUUUCAACUGUCCAGCGAAUCUGGCAUCACAUCGACGAUGGCACAAACCGAAGGACGAAGUGUUGAAGAAACAGGAAAACAACGAAAACGAACAACAGUUUCCGUGCAGUGAAUGCGGUAAAUUCUUCAAGCGUCAGGCGUAUCUGCGGAAGCAUUUGGCAACGCAUAAAAAUAAAAUGGUCGCGAAGAAAGUCUCACGGAAUUCGGAAAGUUCAAACAGUUUGCGAAGUGAGGAUUCGAAUUCGUGCGAUUCUUUGCCAAAGCGGAAUUUCGACGAGUACAACUAUGCGAAACGAGAGCACACCGAUUCGGAACUGUCGUCAUCGUCGUUUUCGGCUGCUGCGGAAACCAAUUUUCGGGCAUAUGGUGGUACGUUUACCGAUGAGGAGAAUAUUGCUGCUGCAGCGUUAGCGAAUUUACGAAAUGGACCGUCCGUUAUACGACAUACCACUGCCUUAGCAGUAUGAGCUUCUGGAUAAAGAUUCGGUCAAUAUCAUCAGGUAAGAGUGUCACAGAGAAAUUUAUUUUAGUUUUUCGAAUUUAGUUGUAAGGAAAAAUUUUUUUUUCAAAUUUACCACGCUUUUCUUCGUGAAAGCAAAGAGAUGAGUCAAUUUCUAGUCACAAAAAAAAUUAAUUAAUUUAUUCGUCAAGUUUGAAAUCGUUUUGUACAAAAAAAAAACUUAUCGGUAAAAUGACUUCACCUCAAAACGUGGCCAAGCCGCAAUGUACAAAAUUUUGUUGAUGUCUUUUAAUCGCAUUCUUUAUAGCAUUAGUAUACGGGUUUGAUGUUUUGGUGUUAAUAUUUUGUUUUUAUUUUCGUUUUUUUUUACAAUUUCCGUAAAGUCAACAUUUUUGAAAUUUUAUUCGUUCAAAGUCAGCCUUUAUCGAGUUUUAAAAAAAUUGAGAGAAUUUCCUCAGUGUUCCGACCUGCCUCACAUACUAAAUUACAGACAUUUUGAAAGCAGCAUAGAAUUUCCUAAAUAAUUCCUGUUGAAACAAGAGAUUAUUUUCGGGAAUUUUAGUUCUGCAAAUAUCGAAAAAUUUUAUUAUUUUUUUUCGAAAUUAUUCGAAAUUUUUCGGAUAAUUCAGAGUUUGAAUUACCGAAAAGAAACCCUGGUUGAAGCGUAGAGUCGUGUUAGUGUCGUUUGAUUGCAGUUGAUUUAGUUGUGAAACAGUGAGACUCGAAACACGACUUUUCUGUCCUAACAAGUAUCGAAGUAACGCUUGAAAAGCCAUUUAAUGUUCCCUAAAUUCUUCGAAAAUUUCAAUACUUUUUUGAGUAGUAGGCCCCUUGGCCUUACAUCUCUGAGACAACGAUUUAAAGUGGUUCGAAUUUUCUUGGAAUCGAACUUGAAAUAUUUUUUGUCUUCUAGCCAACGAAAACCAAAGAAAAACUUUGGCAGUGCCAAAGACACCUAAUGCGAAAUGUUGUACUGCUGUUGAAUAUGUCAAAGAACAGAAGAGAUUUUAGGCUAUAUCUUGCUUUAGGUGUCUUUCGCAUUUCUCACAAAAUCUGCAAUAUAUUUGGACUGAAUCACACAUUGUAAAUAUCAAUCAUAAAUCAGUUUUCGUUUCUUUGAUGAAAAUGGGAAGGCAUUGUGAAAUUCUCAUUUUUCUUUUUCGCUCAUUUUGGCUGAACGAAUUAAUGAGAAUUUUUGUAAGUUUUUAAGUUUUAGGCAGUGAACGCUGUCAGUUCCAUUUCAAGACGUGAAUAGAAUGUUUGCCAUUUAAUACUUUUUUUAUUGUGCCAUUUUUAUUAAGCGACCGAAAUAGCAUAAAAUGAGGUUACAGACAUGGUCAAAUUAACUAUAAAUUUUAAUCAAUCUUUUUUUAGUAAUUAAUAUUAAAAUUCCGUACUGACCCAAAGUAAGGGAAAAUUUAUUCGAGGGAUUUCUAUUUGCCGGUCUGCCAAUAUUUUUUUUCCUUUUACCAAUAUUUUAAAUCACUUUUUAUAAAGUCGAAAUUGGUACCAAUUCGAUCAAAAUAUUGGUAAAUCGAAUAAUAUUUAUAACGUUCACCCAAAAAUUAAAUAACGUUCGAAUACAAAACCAUUCAUUUAGGUAUCGUAUGAUUUGUACAUUCCCACAAAUACGUAAACAAAAUUCGAUGAUGAAAAUGAUUUCGAAAUAUUGCUAAGUUGUAAGAUUAUAAUUUCAAACUAAAAGUAUGUAAAAAUUUUAUUUCAAUUCAUUCUA